UCCAGCUUGCCGUCGUCAUCGCGGCUGCAGGACCGGAGCAAGUAGGCACCAACAAGCAACAGCAGCUGGGCUGCAAACCCCACCACCUCCACCACCUCCUCUCAGUGCCGUGGGAAGACUCAGAGCAGCGGCCAGGAGCUUUGCCACGCCGGCAGACAUGGCCUCCGACGGCAUGGACGAGCGCUCUCCGCUUCUGUCGGCCCCAAACUCGGAGAAUGUGACCCCCACUGCUCCCCCGUACCUGCAGGAUUCAAGUCCCCGAGCCGAACUACCUCCUCCUUACACAGCCAUCGCCAGCCCCGAUGCCGGCGGUGUGCCUGUCAUCAACUGCCGCGUCUGCCAGUCCAUCAUCAACCUUGAUGGCAAGCUGCACCAGCACGUCGUCAAGUGCACAGUCUGCAACGAAGCCACGCCCAUCAAGAAUCCGCCCACAGGGAAGAAGUAUGUGAGGUGUCCUUGUAACUGCCUGCUCAUCUGUAAAGACACGUCCAGGAGGAUAGGAUGUCCUCGGCCAAACUGCAGACGCAUCAUCAACCUGAGCCCGGUGAUGGUCAUCCCCGAGGAGCAGCCCGCCCAGCCGGCGCUGCCCAUUCAGCCCGAGGGAAUGAGAGUGGUCUGUGGUCACUGUGGAAACACCUUCCUGUGGAUGGAGCUGCGAUUUAACACUCUAGCCAAGUGUCCACACUGCAAAAAAAUAUCAUCUGUUGGCAGUGCUCUGCCCAGGAGGCGCUGUUGUGCUUAUAUAACUAUAGGAAUGAUCUGCAUUUUCAUUGGAGUGGGUUUAACAGUUGGGACGCGGGACUUUGCCAGACGUUACAACGCCACCUACGUGUCCUGGGCCUUUGCCUACCUGCUGGGUCUCAUCUGCCUGAUACGGGCCUGCUACUGGGGGGCUAUCAAAGUCAGCUACCCAGAAAACAGCUUUGCAUAGAGUGAGAAUAACCCCACGAAGCUGAGGGUGGCCCCAAGUGCAAAGUCCUGUUUUGUUGUUAUGCUCCCCGCACAUCUUAAAAUUUUAAAGCAGUCAGGUUGAGUUUAGAAGCAUAGAGUGUGAGGAGAAGUGUUUGCUUGGAGAAACAAAGUGGGGGAUUUGUAUUGUGAUUUACGCUUGGAAGGUUUUUAACCCUGCCGUCUGUCUAAAUCCGGUAAAUGUUUAAAUCCUGACAAUGUCCUACAAAGAACCAAGAAUCAGAAACUUGUAAAGAUUGAAUUAUUUCCUUCAGAUGAUUGGAUAGAUGUUUGGUGCAAACCCUCUUUUUCCAAGUUAUUUGACAACUCUAUUGGAAUUUAGAAACUUUAGAUCAGUCUCUUUGUCAGUACUACAGUAGCUGGCACUAAUUUCAGUUUGAUGAUCAGAUCCAAAUGAGACAACCUCCCUCCCAUUUGCACUGAUAGUUUAUGCAAAUAAAAUAGUUUUGCUGCUAGUUAAAAUCCAGCUACUGAGAGUUGCACACUCAUACUCUAUUACAACCACUCUGACAUAGUAUUCUAUUAUUUUAAUGCAGAUUUUUUUUAGAUGAUUGUCAUUAUAUACCCAUGCGUGCCAACUUUGCUGCACAGUAAUAGUCUUGAAGAUAAAUACAUUUUUAUUAAAACCUUUUUUCUGUUCUGUGCCUGCAGCUUUUAAAAGAGCAAUACCCCUUUCUGGUUGUUUUCAUAACAAUCUGGUUAUCUGCUUUAUGAUUCUUAAAGUGAUCCCAUAAAACAUGGCGUGGCUCAAUUGUGCAUGUUGCCUAUAUCUUGUUGCUGAAGUGGUGUCCUGCUCCAUUUCAGAUGGGAUCAUGGCUGUGAUUCCUGUUUUUUCUGCGUGUGUUAGAAUAUAAACCCUCCUUCAUCUGCUUAGAUCGCUGCUCUCUGACCUCCAUUGAACUUUGUGCUAUAUCCCGUCUCUUUAUCUCCAGCAGCGGGCAAAGUUUGAACCUUGUUUUGAAUGUGAUACUGAUGAUGAUGAAGUAGGUAAAAAAAACAAAAAACAGAAAAUACUUUGUACAUAGCCUGAUUUCAGUAAGAGUGAGUAAAAUUGGGUGGAAGGAAAAGAUGGUUCAUGAGUCUUUUUAAAAACAAAUAAUUUAUCAAUAAAAUGUGAAAACUAU